GUCAAAGGUAAAAACGCACGUGAACUUUUGUUUAUUUUUUUCCCUCUUUACAAUGGAAAGAAAAUUGAAGAUUUGUGGGAUUUGCAGUGAGAAUCCUCAAAAGUACAAAUGCCCAUCCUGUGAAAUUCCUUAUUGUUCUGUUUCCUGCUAUAAGAAGCACCAGGAAACCCCUUGCCAAAAGAAUCACGAAGAUAAUAAAUCAAAUGCCGCUGGAAGUAAACCCACAAUUCUCUUCCCAACGGAAGACACAGUCCCGGAAGAGAAGCUGAUAAUGCUGCAAGAUUCAGAAGAAUUGAAGAUGCUUCUCAAGAAUUCACACCUGAGAGAACUUUUGUGUGAACUCGAUGCUGCUCCAAAUGCUGAAAAAGCAAUGGCAGUUGCAAUGCAGGAACCACUCUUCAUGGAAUUUGCUGAUCAGGUGCUGAAGAUUGUUGAACCACAAAAAGACGAUACGUGAUGUUUGGAAAAGCAUCCAGAAAACAAAGCAGGGGUCCUUCAUUUUAAUAUUAAAUUAGAAGUUAUUUAGAUGUAAGACUGAAAUGUAAAAAUGAUUGAAAAGAACAUUUUAAAAAUUCUUUUCAAGCUAAUAAUAAAAUGUGAUGCAUACAACUAA